AUGCGCAACAUCGCGAUCGUGGCCCACGUCGACCACGGUAAGACGUCCCUCGUCGACGCGAUGCUGCAGUCCGCGCAGGCCAUCUCCGGCUCGAUCGACAAGGACGACCGGCUGAUGGACUCGAACGACCAGGAGCGGGAGCGGGGCAUCACGAUCCUGGCCAAGAACGCGGCCAUCGAGUACGGAGGCACCAAGGUCAACAUCGUCGACACGCCCGGACACGCGGACUUUGGCGGCGAGGUCGAGCGCGUGCUCAACAUGGUGGACGGCGUGCUGCUGCUCGUCGACGCGGCCGAGGGUCCGAAGCCGCAGACGCGGUUCGCGCUCGAGAUGGGGCACCGCGUCCUCGUCGUGGUCAACAAGAUCGACAAGCCCGCGGCCCGCCCAGACUAUGUCAUCGACAAGACAUUCGACCUCUUCACAGACUUCCCGAUUGUGUACACCUCCGCAAUCAACCGGCAGUCGGGGGACGAGCCGGACGAGGGGGAGCCGCUCCAAGUAGGCUCGCUGCAGCUCCAGAUCUCGAACAUCGGAUCCGACCCAUUCAUCGGGCGGCUCGGCAUUGGGCGCGUCCGCGCGGGACGCGUCGCCAAGGGCCACCCUCUCGGCCUCUCCGCUGCGGUCGACGAGGCGUCCGCCGGCGACAUCGUCGUCUUUUCGGGUCUGAGCGAGUUCAACAUCGGAGACACUCUCGUCGACCCUGCCGACCCGCGCCCGCUCGACCCAAUCUCCGUCGAGGAGCCGACCAUGUCCAUCUCGAUCGGCGUGAACAAGCUGGAGAAGGAGCUCGAGACGAACGUGGCGCUGCAGCUCAAAGACACCGGCGACGCGGACUCGUUCCAGGUGUACGGGCGGGGGCUGCUCCACCUGACGGUGCUGAUCGAGACGAUGCGGCGCGAGGGCUUCGAGCUGAUGAUUGGCUGCCCAAAGGUGAUAGAGCAGGAGAUCGAGGGGGCGAGGUGCGAGCCGUUUGAGCUGGUCGACGUCGAGCUCCCGGAGGAGUACUCUGGCUCCGUCAUCUCGAUGCUGGGCGAGCGGAACGGCAACAUGCUCGAGAUGGGGUCCGUCUCUCCAGAGGGCAUCGUGUCGCUGCAGUACGAGGUCCCGUCGCGCGCCAUGGCGGGGGUCAAGACCAAGCUCAUGUCGGCGACGCGCGGGCUGGCGGUCAUGACUACCACCUUCGCGGGGUACAAGCCGUGGGCGGGCGACUUUGACAAGCGCGAUCGCGGCAACUUGCUCUCGCACGAGAAGGGGACGGCGACGGGGCACGGCCUGAAGAAUGCGCAGGAGCGGGGCUCGCUCUUCGCUGCGCCGGGCGACGAGGUGUACGAGAACCAGAUCGUCGGCAUCCACCAGCGCGCCGGCGACCUCAAGGUCAACGUCUGCCGCCAGAAGCAGCUGACGAACAUGCGCUCCGCCGGCGCCGACGAGAAGACGAACCUCUCGCCGCCGACGCCGAUCACGCUCGAGGAGGCGGUCGAGUACAUCGAGGUGCUUCCUAGACCCUCCUUAGACACUUCCUAGACACUUCCUAGACACUUUCCUGAGGAGGCGGUCGAGCACCUCGAGGCCCCCGGAGCUCGCCGCUGCGGCGCCCGCAAGAGCUCGACGACUCACGCGCGGCUCUCGUCGCGGAUAGGACUCCGAGUUUGUCGAGGUGACGCCCGCCGCCAUCCGGAUGGGCAAGGUGGGCAAGAAGUGAGGGCCCCAACUCAAGGGCGACAAGGAGGGAGGGAGGGGGGGGGGGGGGGUUGCGGGCUCCGCUGCCCGCCUGCCCGCCUCCCCGCCUGCCCGACGGGUGCGCGCUCUACUUGUACUGACGAGCCGUCUGCCGUGGGGUGUAUUCGAUGUCAGGGCCUGCGUGUGGGGGUCGAGGAGCGUCCGCAGGCGGGUCGCGAGAGCGUCGCGCCCGCAUCUCCCCAUUUUUUGCGGGGGCAUCGGGGGGUGAGAUCGCUGAUCGUUUCUUACUGUACUCUCCCCUUUUUCG